GUUCUCCUGAGCUGAAGCUGCCUCCGUGCUCUGCCACCAUGCCCGCCGACUACAAUGGCACCUGGGAGAUGCAGACCAAUGAAAACUUCGAAGGAUACAUGGUUGCUUUAGGUAUUGACUUUGCAACUCGUAAGAUUGCCAAACACUUGAAACAAACCAAGGAGAUUGUUCAAAAUGGAGACAAUUUUAAAACCAGAACACUCAGCACUUUCAGAAACUAUGAUCUGGAUUACACUGUGGGCGUGGAGUUUGAGGAGCACACCAAAGGACUGGAUAACAGAGUGGUGAAGUCCCUGGUGACCUGGGAUGGUGACAAACUGGUCUGUGUGCAGAAAGGUGAAAAGAACAACAGGGGCUGGAAGCACUGGAUUGAAGGAGACAUCCUGCACCUGGAACUGACAUGUGAAGACCAGGUGUGCCAUCAGACAUUUAAGAAGAAGAACUAAAAUGGAGCAGAAAACCUCCCAGAUUUUCAUCACAAUGUUGGUUUUGUCUGAAGAGAAGAAUGGAGCCAGAUUUUCAUUCCUUUGACGCUUCUAUGUGAAGAUAUUACCUGCCUGUUUAUGGAAACAAACACAUUUUAUACAAAUAACAUCAAAGAGUUACAUACCUCAUAAAUUCCUCUACCUUCCAGUCUAGAGUUGAAUAAAAGUAAUUUUCUUUCAAA